AUGCCAGCUGUACGCCCUUUUGGGCGUCCUGCGCCCGUGAUCGCCGACGUCCACCCCCUCCCCUCGUCGAGCGACGCGGGCGAGGCGUCCUCCGACCUCUGGGCUGCCCUCCUCCCCCGCUCCACCGAGAAGCCAAAACGCCUGGCAGUCGCAAUUGAAUGGGCGCCCGAGCACCGCCUCCCUCCGAGCGCACGCGCUGGAGCAGCACGCAAACUCGUCCUCUGGGUCUCGCAAACUAGUGCAGAGCCGAGCGAUAAGGUCUCCUCCCGGCCGCGGCUCUAUGUUCCCGAACACCUGUUGCCCAGUUACGUCCCCACUCCCGCUGAAGUGACGGUGCAUGCGCACGAGCCCGUCUCCCUCUCGCUGGUUGUCGUCCAGCCGACUGGCGGGGAACUCGCCUCAUCCGACUUCGAACCGCUUUAUCCCGACGCUGUGAAUGAGCCUGAUGGAGACCCCGUGUACGGUUACGACAUUAAUGGAUCGGUUCACUGGGCCGAUGAGGAGACGCAGGCCGGCACGAUCCUCCGUGAAGGCGGUAUCAUCUCGCUUGGAUCGGGGUGCGGGUUCCGCGUCCUCAUGGCCGAGCCGGUGCAGCAGGGCCUCGUGACUCGCGACACGCGGGUUGUUGUGGCGAACAAGCCGAGCGACGCGUUUGGGGAUUUUGACGAUGACCGCUCCGCCGGUGGCUCGUUUGCGCCUACACAUCGCUCCCUGGUGGAGGAGUUUGAUGCCGACGCCUUCCUGGCCUCUUCACUCGCCCGCUCGCUGGCCAGCCUGACGGACGACGAGCCGGCCGCACAACACGACCUCGACGACUCGUCAACGUCAAGCCUCACCAACUCGGGCUCGAUGACUCCGCGCCCCGGCCUCUCGGGCCUGCGUUCACCUUCCCCUGUCGCCGCGCCUGACGACGUGCUCCAGCUCGACUCGCCCGUCGAUGAGGGCAUGCGUUUUGUGCUCGUUCCUGCCUCAGGUCGAGGACCCCAGACAGACGAGGACGACAGCGACGUCUGUUACGCUGGCGUGUGGGCGCUUGGCCGGGCAGGCGUCUUCGAAGGUGACUGGGUCUCCCUUCGCGCCGUCGAGCAGGGCGCACCUGGGCGGACGCGCAUCGCCCGCGUCGUUGCCUGGGAGCGUCUCGACGAGGAGAUGAGCGAUCUUCCUCCAAAUGCGCUGAUCGUGCCUCCGGGAGUGCGCCGCGCCCUCUUCCCCUUGCCCGCGCCGCACCUCGAAGUCAUCAUGCAGCCCACCCCUUUCGGCGCGCGGCGCCCUACCCUCCCCGUCGCCAAGAGCAUGACUCUCGCACGGGUUGCAACUGCCGAAGGCGUCGACAAGCGGUACGAGCGCGCCUGGCUGCGCGGCCUGCGCAACCACUUUGCUGCGGGCCGCGGCGACGAGCCCGAGUCGCACCAGCGCCUUGUGCGGCGCGGCGACGUUAUCUCGGUGCCGGUGCGGCAGGGCAAGCCACUCGCCGAGGGCGAGGAGCCGGAGGACGAGGAUGACGAUGAGGAGCGUGUCGAAAAGGACACGGCGCUCGCGUACUUUAUCGUGACGGCGCUUGCGUUUGAGCCCCUCAUGCCGCUCGAGGAUGACUUUAGCUCGACCAUCUCGUCCAAGUCCCGGGCCGGCGAGCUCGGCUGCUGGGUCGACGCUGGUCCGGGCGGCGAGACUUCGCUCAUGUUGUCAGGCGUUGAACGCGGCCGCGUGGCCGGACGAGCAGGCGACCUUGCAUGGCACGGAAUGCCGGCCGCGCCACCACCGUACUACGCUCCCGCGGCGGGCACACUCCGCGACCUGGCGAAGAGUGCGUUCUCGCCUCUCGCCCUGGCCCGCCUCUUCCCCCUCAGCGUGCUGGUCAAGGGCUCUCGUGGGGCCGGCAAGAGAUCGUUCGUGCACGCUGCCGCCGACGAGCUGGGCCUCAGCGUCGUCGAAGUGUCAUGCUACGACGUUAUCGGUGACACUCCCCAGACGACAGAGGGCACGCUUCGCGCGCGCUUCGACAAGGCGCGGCAGUGCGCGCCCUCCAUCCUCCUCCUGACCCACCUAGAGGCCUUUGCCCCCCAGUCUAGCGGCAGCGCGCCGCCCCGCCCACCACCCGUUGUCAAGGUCGUGGAAGAUCUUCUCGCGGCGGCAUGCAAGGCCGGCGCGGAGACGAGCCAGCCCGUCGCGAUCUUUGGGACGACGAGUAACAUUGAGGCUGUGCCUCGCGACAUGCAGGCUGUGUUCAAGCACGAGCUGGCACUCCCCGCCCCAUCGAGCGGGGAACGCGAGGCCAUCCUGACUACCUGCGUGGCCGAUACGCCGCUCGCCCCCGACGUGGUGCUGAGCCACGUCGCGGCACAGGCUGCAGCCCUUACGGCAGGCGACCUCGCGUCGCUCGUCGAGCGCGCGCGCGACAUGGCACUGGCACGCGCAUGCGCCGGCGCGCCAAGUGCGACAGACGCGCUCCUUGCCGGCGUGGCGCUCACAGCGGCCGACCUGACCACCGCGCUGGGUGACGCGCGUGCAAGUUACGCCGACUCGAUUGGCGCCCCCCGUAUCCCCAACGUAUCAUGGGACGAUGUGGGUGGCCUCGCGGCAGUCAAGAACGAUAUUCUGGACACGGUGCAGCUUCCACUCGAGCACCCCGAGCUGUUCGGGGAGGGAAUGAAGAAACGUUCCGGUAUCCUACUCUACGGUCCUCCCGGAACAGGCAAGACCCUUCUCGCCAAAGCGGUGGCCACGUCGUGCGCGGCAAACUUCCUCUCCGUCAAGGGUCCCGAACUGUUGAACAUGUACAUUGGCGAGUCGGAGGCCAACGUCCGCCGCGUCUUCGAGAAGGCGCGAGACGCGAGUCCAUGUGUGAUUUUCAUGGAUGAGCUCGACUCUGUCGCUCCCAAACGUGGAAACCAGGGCGAUUCAGGCGGUGUCAUGGACCGUAUCGUAUCCCAACUCCUCGCAGAACUGGACGGUAUGUCGGGUGGACGCGGUCAGGUGGUCGUUAUGGCCGCGACGAACCGGCCCGAUCUACUGGACCCGGCUCUCCUCCGUCCAGGCCGCUUCGACCGCAUGUUAUACCUCAGCGUUCCCGAGACACAUGCUGCUCAGCGUGACGUCCUGGCGGCCCUAACGAGAAAGUUCACCCUCGACCCCGCGCUUUCGCUCGAUGACCUCUCGGAACGCCUGCCAUUCACAUAUACCGGUGCGGACCUUUAUGCUCUCUGCGCAGACGCAAUGCUGCGUUCCAUGACGCGCGUCGCUGAGGAGGUGGAUAAGCGGGUCGCCGAGCUCGAUGCUGCCCCCCUCCCCAGGGCUUAUCCAAAGCCCCUCACAGCGCAGUAUUACCUCGCGUCGAUGGCUACCUCGGCCGAGACGGAUGUCAUUGUUGGCGAGAGCGACUUCCUCCACGCCCUCGAACGGCUGCAGCCCUCCGUGUCGUCCGACGAGAUGGCGCAUUACCGCCGCGUACAGGAUGAGUUUAAGGGGUUCAAUAUUGGCGGCGACAAGUAA